UAUUAAUAAUUUUUACAUUUGCAGAUUUGAUUAGGCAAUUGUAGGUCUAUGAGUGUGGGAGACUUUUUGUGGUGUUGUGGACUGGUGAAAGUCUCUUGAGGAUACUGACAGCAUGGGAGAAGAAUCAAGACCCAUCCUUCCAGGGAGGAAUAAAUCGGGAUGGACAUCCCAACUUGUGCUAGCAGCUACUGCAGCGGUGAUUGGAUCAAGUUUUCAAUUUGGUUACAAUACAGGAGUCAUCAAUGCUCCUGGCGAUAUUAUUCAACAAUUCAUCAAUGAAACUUAUUAUUACAGGCAUGGCUCCUAUGUGGAAGCUGUUCAACUGAAAUUUCUCUGGGGAUUGACAGUUUCAAUCUUUGCAAUUGGUGGUAUGCUCGGUUCCGCAGUAUCUGGUACCUUAGCUGGUAGAUUUGGCCGAAAAAGAGCUAUGCUUGGUAACAAUAUUUUGAUCGUAAUCGCCAUCACUCUUAUGGGAUGUUGCAGAUUGAUAGGUAGCUAUGAGAUGCUUAUCGUUGGAAGACUAGUUGUGGGUGUUGCAUGUGGUAUCGACACUGCUCUUGCGCCACUCUACCUGACGGAAAUUUCACCUAUUCAACUUCGUGGUGUCCUUGGAAUCUCCAACCAACUUGGCAUUGUCAUUGCAAUUAUGAUUUCCCAAAUUCUUGGCCUUGAAGAAGUUCUUGGCACUGUAGAAUAUUGGCCUUACCUUAUCGUACUUUGUGGAGCGUUUACUGUGUAUCAAUUUCUCACGUUACCUUUCUGCCCUGAGACACCGACAUAUCUACUCAGUCAAGGAUUGGAGGACGAAGCCAGAGAAGCGUUGCAAUUUUUGAGGGGCUCUUUGGAUGUUGAAGAUGAAAUCGCGAUUCUUGUAUCAGAGCAAAACAAAGUUCAAAGUUCAGCUCGUGUUGGAAUGAUUGGGAUAUUUAGAAAUCCUGAUUUAAGAAAGCCAAUGUUUAUUGCAAUUGUUUUACAACUAGCACAGCAGCUUUCAGGAAUCAAUGCAGUGCUGUAUUAUUCUACAAGUUUAUUUGAAUCAGCUAAUAUUUCUCCUGAUGAAUCUGAUUUCUACACCGUUGGAAUGGGGGCAGCAAAUAUCGUUAUGACAGCUUUGUCUCUCUUACUCAUUGAAAGGCUAGGUCGUCGUACGCUGCUUCUUGCUGGAUUAGGUGGAAUGUGCAUUUGUGCGGCUAUAUUAGUUGUCUCACUCACUGUGGGUGAUGGUACAUCAUGGGGAGGUAUAUUAGCUAUUGUUGCUGUGUUAUCAUUUGUGAUAACGUUUCAAUCUGGUCCAGGAUCCAUUCCAUGGUUCAUCACAGCUGAGUUUUUCACUCAAGCGGCUCGUACCGCAGCUAUGAGCAUAGCUGGUGUUUUUAAUUGGGGAGGAAAUUUUGCGGUCGGGCUUGCUUACCCCCCACUUCAGAAAACCAUUGACGGAUACACAUUCAUCAUAUUUGCUACUUUGAUCGCAAUUUUCUGGCUUUUUACUUAUUUUCGUGUGCCUGAAACAAAAGGAAGAAAUAUUGAAGAGAUUUCAAAUUCUUUCAAAUCGCAAUAAUGAAAUAUUGUUCCCAAGUUGUUUCAAAAAAACUAUUAAUUGGUUUGAAAACAUUAUUCCUCUGACGUUUUCUGUAUGAGAAAUUAUGGUACAAUACUGUCAAUACACAGGUUUUUACUCAAGACUGUUUAUUACUCAGUUAAAAACAUAUUAACACUCUUUUUCUUUAUGAAUUCUACUGUUAUUACACCAAAGUGCCUGUGCCAUAUCACUUUUUUUUUCAAACCUUUGGUGCUAUAAGUCUUUGAAAUUGGCCAAAGUAACUAAGCAUAACUGACAAAUUUAGUGUUAACACAGUCAAAAGAUGAAAAUGAUGAUUACUUUUCAAAUUUUUAGUAAUCCAUACUAUUCUACAAUUUAUUUCCCUCCUUUUUCAAGUUCAGUUGCCAAAGUCAAAGAUGAAGCCAUGCAUUUUUUUUUUCAUUGAUCAAGUGAGACUUACCUUAACAUAUUAAUUUAUUGCCAUAUUUUUUGCAGGUGAAAUUUUUUGGUCAUAUGCCAGAUAAGUUCGUUUCGUUAACUUAACACAUAAACUCUAUCUUUGCCAAAUGUGUGCUAACAGUUUGUUUCCACACUGAUUCUCCAAACAAGGCACAACCAAUCAGACAUAGGUUAUUUAUUAAAUGUUGUUCUGACAAUAUUUGGUGCCCAAUUAGAGGGAAUUGUGAACACAAAAUUCUAACCUGUGGUGCCAAUCACGUUGCAAAGCGCCUGCUUUAUCCGUUUUUUGUAUAAAUUGCAAUAUUUCUCAGUAUAUACACUAUUAAUGAUCAAGUUGCACCAGUAUGUUGCAUUUAAUAUUAGAGUAUUAUUGUUGUUUACUGUAAUCAUUUAAUUAACUUCAGCAGUGGUUAAAUUAUGGCAUGUUUCAAAUAGAUUCAGCCCAAAAUUUUUAUAUUUAGCAUGUUUCUUCAGUAGAUUCUUUUGAGUGAUUUGUGCCAAUUAGCAUAACUUUCGUUUUUAAUAGUAAGUUGUAUCAAGUAUGAUUAGUAUUAUUCGAAUCUUGUACAAGCAAGUAUCGUUACACCGCGGAAAUUUUCUGGGAAUAAUAAGUGUAGAAGCUGCCCUAAAAAUUUAAAAAACUGCCCUUUUUGAAUGGACCACGUUGAUGUAAUUCCUAAUAUAAUUUUGACAGAUUUCUAAAUAUUUCCAGUUAUAGUAUUGUGCAAUAGUUUUUGUUCUUUUGUGUCGGAGAUAAAGAUUUCGUUGAUAACGUAUUUCCAAAUAUAAAAUAAACUUGCAUUCCGAUUUGAUGUUACAGCGAAAUUUCAUAUUCGGUAUUUCUUCGAAUAUUUUGCCUUGUUUUUAUCCCCUGCAUCAUGUGUAAUAUAUUAUAUUAUAAGCAAGAGUUGCUUUUAUUCUUCAAUUAUAUUAUUGGUGAAAUGUCAAAUAUAUGAAAGCCAUAUGGUACGAAAUA